AGACGCAGUGCCUCCGGGAUUCUCCUAGCCUUCCCUACACAUUCAAAUCGGAAAACAUCGCCAUUCCUCCUCUACAACAUUUAAGUUGAAAGUCGCCCAAAUGGGAGAGAGGAACAAUGUUUAUUUCUACUGGGUUAACCCCCUUUAAAUGACGGGAGGGAGAGAAACGCCAUUUAAUUUAUAAAGGGAAAGGCAAUGUUGAUGCCAGUUGCUGGGAGUAGAUGAAAUAAACAGGGAUCGCUGAUCUACAAUGACUGAAGAAAAGUCGGAGAGUAAAGGGGAAAUUAGCGGCAAGGACUUGGAGAAACAGCUACGUCUUCGAGUUUGUGUCCUGACUGAAAUCUUGAAAACCGAAAGGGAUUAUGUGGAUACGCUGGAGUUUGUCGUCUCUGCAUUUAUGCAGCGAAUGAUGCAGCAUGUUGCUUCUAAAGUUGACAAGAAUGUGACCGAAGAAACUGUUAAGACAUUGUUCUCCAAUAUUGAGGACAUACUUGCUGUGCACAAAGAAUUCCUGAGUAAUAUUGAGGAGCGUCUGUUGCCUGAACCUAGUGCCCAUCAUGAAUUGGGAAGCUGCUUUCUUCAGUUUAGACAUCGAUUUUCUAUCUAUGAUGAGUACUGUAGUAAUCAGGAGAAAGCACAAAGGCUACUUUUGGAACUAAACAAAAUACAGACUGUGCGGACCUUUUUACUGGGUUGCAUGGUGCUGGCAGGACGGAAGAACCCUGACGUUCCACUUGAAGGAUAUCUCGUUGCUCCAAUACAAAGGAUAUGCAAGUAUCCACUUCUGUUAAAGGAACUGAUGAAGAGGACACCAAAAAGGCAUAAUGAUCAUGCAGCAGUAAUUGAGGCUCUACAGGCCAUGAAAACUGUGUGCUCCACCAUAAAUGAAGCCAAGAGACAAAUGGAAAAGCUAGAAGUUCUGGAAGAAUGGCAGUCUCAUAUAGAAGGAUGGGAGGGCUCCAAUAUAACAGAUUCAUGCACUGAAAUGCUGAUGCAAGGAAUUUUAUUGAAAAUUUCAGCUGGGAACAUCCAGGAACGAGUUUUUUUCCUCUUUGAUAACUUGCUGGUCUACUGCAAAAAGAAGCAUAGGCGAUUAAAAAAUACCACACACCCUAAAAAAGUGGCUGAUGGACAUCGGUAUCUUUUUCGUGGCAGAAUUAAUACAGAGGUCAUGGAAGUGGAAAAUGUGGAUGAUGGAACAGCGGAUUAUCACAGCAGCGGUCAUACAGUUAUCAACGGUUGGAAAAUACACAAUACUGCCAAAAACAAGUGGUUUGUCUGCAUGGCAAAAACAUCAGAGGACAAGCAGGAAUGGCUGGAGGCCUUUCUAAAGGAACGAGAACGAAGAAAGAGUUUGAAGCUCGGUGUGGAGCAAGAUACCUGGUUGAUGAUCUCUGAAAAAGGGGAAAAGCUCUACCAUAUGCUGUGUAAAGAGGAAAAUGUUAUCAAGGACAGAAAACGGAAACUCAGCACAUUUCCAAAAUGUUUCUUGGGCAGUGAAUUUGUUGCUUGGUUGCUGGAAAUUAAAGAGAUCAGUAAACCAGAGGAAGGAGUACACCUUGGUCAGGCACUGCUCGAGAAUGGAAUCAUCCAUCAUGUAACAGACAAACACCAGUUUAAACCUGAUCAUAUGCUGUACAGAUUUCGAUAUGAUGAUGGAACAUACCAUCCAAGAAGUCAAAUUCAAGAUGUUAUCUCCAAGGGUGUGAGACUUUAUUGUCGGCUCCACAGUCUCUUUACUCCUGUGAUUAAGGAUAAAGACUAUCACCUAAGAAGCUACAAGUCAGUGGUCAUGGCAAACAAGCUGACCGAUUGGUUAAUUGCACAGGGGGACUGUAGAACCAGAGAGGAAGCAAUAAUCCUGGGUGUGGAACUUUGUGACAAUGGUUUUAUGCACCACGUACUGGAAAAGAGUGAAUUUAAGGAUGAACCCCUUUUAUUUCGUUUUUUUGCUGAUGAGGAAACAGAAGGCUCGAAUUUAAGGCAGAGGCACCUGCGACAUGACUUGAAAAUUGUUGAAAAUGUCAUAGCUAAAUCGUUGCUGAUCAAAGCUCAAGAUAGAAGCUAUGGUUUUACCUUAGAGGAGAAAAACAAGCUUCCUAUUGUGAAAUCUGUGGAGAAGGGAUCUUAUGCUGAGAUGGCAGGUCUAGAGGUUGGGAAGAAAAUAUUUGCUAUCAAUGGAGAUGUGGUUUUCCUCCGACCCUUUAAGGAAGUCGAAUGUUUCCUGCAGCAGUGCUUCAGUAGCAAGAGGCCUCUUCGGGUGCUUCUGAGCACGAAACCACGAGAGACAAUAAAGAUUCCAGACUCUGCAGAUGGUCUUGGAUUCCAGAUCCGAGGAUAUGGUCCAUCAGUUGUUCAUGCAGUUGGCCGAGGAACCGUGGCAGCUGUUGCUGGCCUGCAUCCUGGACAAUGCAUCAUCAAGGUAAAUGGGAUUAACGUCAGCAAAGAGAGUCAUGCAAGUGUUAUUGCACAUGUGAUAGCCUGUCGCAAAUACAAGCGCCCGUCUCAACAAGACUCUGUUCAAUGGGUUUACAACAACACAGAAAGUGCCCAGGAGGAGCUGCAGAAAACCAUUUUAAAGACCCCACCCUCUGGGGAAAGCGAGGAACAAGAUGGAUUUAAUGAAGAAGUCUUCGAUAAGUUUAAUACAAUGGCUUUAAUUGAUGGGAAGAAGGACCAUGUGAGCCUAACAGUAGAUAAUGUACAUUUGGAAUAUGGUGUUGUAUAUGAAUAUGACAGCACUGCUGGAACAAAGUGCCAUGUUCUGGAAAAAAUGAGUGAGCCGAAGGGAUUUUUCAACCUAACUGCAAAGAUCCUUGAAUGUUUCGCUGAGAAUGAUGAGCAGUUUGUAGAAUACUGCAGCAGACUAAGCUGCUUAGAUGAAGUGACGCCUCCCGAACUGCAUUCUAGAUUCAGCGUUAUGCGCAGUGAGAAGCUUGAGCAAAUUAACCGAAGGAUCACAAACUACAAGAAGUUUUCACGAGUUCUGAAAAACCGAGCCUGGCCAACCUUCAAGCAAGCCAAGUCCAAGAUUUCUCCAUUGCAUAGCAGUGACUUCUGCCCAACCAAUUGCCAUUUAAAUGUGAUGGAAGUGUCGUAUCCUAAAAAUGUUGCAUCAUUGGGCAGUGCAUUUGGUGUACAACUGGACAGUAGGAGACAGCCCAGCACUGAUGUCAACCCCCAAAAGUUAAACUGUGAUGAAUUGGACCCAAUGGAAUAUGUCCAUCACUGCAUUACCACCAUGGCAGCUCCAUCUGGGCAUAGUUUGGGUCAGCAAAAUGGACCAGGUCUGCACUUCCUCCUGAAGGAAAAGGACGUGGAAACACAAGAUGCCUAUCAGAAGCUAUUGAAUAAGCUGCAGACAGUUGUGAAAGAACUGGAAAUCUAUACUGCACAGAUAGAUGACCUCCUGUCAUCAAUAACACAUCCAUCUACAUCAGGGACCAAGGCAGAUGAGUCACUGAUAACUGGGGACAAUAUUGCUGAUAAGGCAGAGCGGAACAGCAAAAAAGUUUGCUUUGUAGUAUCUGGAGAUGACCAGGAAGAUUCUGGUCAUGAUACAAUAAGCAACAGGGAUUCUUACAGUGACUGUAACAGUAAUAGGAAUUCCAUCGCUUCCUUUACAAGCAUCUGCAGCAGCCACUGUGAUUUCUAUGUGCACAGUGACGAGAUGGACUCUGGUGAUGAAUUACCCUGCAAUGUUCAUAUUUCACAUGAUAAACAAGAUAAACUGCAUGGUUGUUUAGAACAUCUCUUUAGCCAGGUAGAUGCAGUCAGUAAUCUUCUGAAGGGACCAGCGGUGGCAAAAGCAUUUGAACAAACCAAGAAGUUAAUCCCAAAACGAAGUUUCCAAGAAUUCAAGAACGAAAUGGAAUCGGAGGUCAAUUGUACAGCACAGCUACGGACUCAUGUGCAGAGAGAUCCAUGGAACAUCCCCAGCGGUGUGCACAACCUCAUCCAGGCUAUUACAAGAUUUGUAGAAGAGGUGAAGACACGAGUAUUCCUGGCUCUCCUUGAACAUACAGAUACUGAAAUUCAACUCAGGAAAGAUAUGGUGUUUUGUCAAAGUUUGGUGGCUACAGUUUGCACUUUCUCAGAACAGUUAUUAGCUGCAUUACAUCAGAUGUAUGACACCAACAGCCAAUAUGAAACUGAGACACAGGAAUCCAGUAGAAAAUGGUUGGAGCAAAUAGCCAACGUAGGGAUCCUCUUUAACUUCCAGUCACUGCUGUCUCCUAAUCUGAUGGAUGAGCAGGCUAUGUUGGAAGACACUCUGGUUGCAUUGCCUGACUUGGAGAAGGUCACGUUCUAUCUGCAACAGUGUGAAGAAGAACUACUAGUAGCAAAUAAUCCAAUCAUGUACAAAGUAGAAGGGAAUCGACAAGCCUUAAAAGUGUUCUUCCACCUUGAGAGCUACAAUUUUGUUCAGCUUCCUCAGAGAUUAAAGAGUGGAGGAGGUCUUAAAGUUCACCCAGUACUCUUUACACAAGCAAUGGAAAGUAUGGAAGGAUAUUACUACACAGACAAUGUGUCCGUGGAAGAAUUCCAAGCACAGAUCAAUGCAACAUCUCUUGACAAUGUAAAACGAUACGUGCAAAAGCUCAGGGCUUUCUAUCUCGUCAAAUCAAAUUUGCCUCCGAAUUCAUCCAAAGCAGCUGCAAUAGAUAAGUUUAUGCGGCCUUUCAAUACAUUGGAUGAACUUCAUCGGCUGAUGGAAUCCUUUAUCAGGUCAAAACGUACAGCAUCCUGUGCUUAUACAGCCUGCAGUGCCUCUGGUGUUGGCUUAAUGUCAGUUUCUUCUGAGCUUUGCAGUCGCUUGGGGGCCUGCCACAUCAUGAUGUGCAAUAGCGGAGUUCACCGGAACCAAGGGUAGUACAAAAGAGACACAGUCCAGAGGUCCAAGCAGAUGUUCAACUGAUGACUUUGCAAAAUCUUGG